CCUACAGAUGGCCUCAGGGAGUAUUUUGGCAAGUUCGGAGAGAUAAAAGAAGCAAUGGUGAUGAAGGACCCAGCUACGAAACGAUCUCGAGGAUUCGGUUUUGUUACCUUUCGUGAUCCUGCAAGUGUAGAAAAAGUACUGGCAAACGGACCACACGACUUGGAUUCCAAGACGGUCGACCCUAAAGUAGCAUUUCCUAGGAAAGCACAACCAAAGAUGGUGACCCGUACAAAGAAAAUAUUUGUUGGUGGAUUAUCAGCAUCUACUACUGUUGAUGAUGUCAGAAAUUACUUUAACCAAUAUGGCAAGGUUGAAGAUGCUAUGCUUAUGUUUGAUAAAACUACAAACAGACAUCGAGGUUUUGGGUUUGUAACCUUCGAAAGUGAAGAUGUUGUAGAUAAGGUGUGUGAAAUACACUUUCACGAAAUAAAUAAAAAAAUGGUCGAAUGUAAGAAAGCUCAACCGAAAGAAGUGAUGUUACCAACCACAUUGGCAGCAAGAGGGCGAGGGCUGACACGGGGAGCCUAUGUGACAACAGAUGGUGACGUUGUGUGGGAUGUCCCAAGUGACCUAAUCAUGCCUGAAUUCUGUUUUUUCCCAACUGGAUUCCCCAGCUACGCAUAUGGUCGCGGCUUCCCAGCGAUAACCCCAGCUGGGUAUUACUAUCCAGGUUUCUCUAGUUUCGGCUAUCUGCCAACCCCUACCCCAACACCGAGCGAGCGGCUACCCCAUGCUUCCCCUGCAUUCUACGCUGCUACAGAGAUCUUCGGUGCAGCACCAGCCAGUCAUGUGGCCGGUCAUGUGACCUCUGCCAUUCAAAGAACUGAGCCAUCUCAACUGUCGAUUAAUAGUUCACCUUUACCCCGGGAUUUCACUCAUCGCACCACAGUGUUAAACAGCUUUGCCCCUCCGGCAAGUUUUCCAUCUGCCACCUCCCCAGCUAAUGGACGUGCAUUUCCAGCAGCCAACAGUCCCGGCCCUAUCGAACUUUACAAUUCCGGCCAAGAGAGUCUCGGCUAUGUCCAAGCCACAAGCCCACAACCCUCAGGCUUUGGACCGAGCAUAACAGCAAAUAGAGGUCCACUGAUCACAGCAAGUUACCACAAUGGAUACCACUGAUUCCCUCUAAUGGCCAGCUUUUGAAAAGUAACAGACACAGUCUGAAGGCUGGCUUCAAUAUUUCUCUGGUCAAGACCUCCACAACCAAAUGGUCAUAACUUCAAGGUCACCCAUGAUGGCUUUGAAGGCCAAAGCAAAACAAAAAGCAAAAAGAAAGAAAAAAACGAAAAAAAAAACAAAGAAAUAAGAAGCAUUGUUGGAGGGGGGAGUGUGUGUCAUUUUGUGCUCUCCUUCCCCCACCA